AUUUCAAAUCGAAAAUCCCAUUUUCAUUGGCGCGCGUCCAAAUGCUAGUUCUUUGUGUUGGCAUUGGCCGCGCACUCUUAUUCCUUUUUCAAAUUCAAAAAAACCAUACUCCUUUCUCUUUCAGCUCUUUCGCCACCCUAAGAAAAAAACACAACAAUGUCUCGGUCACCUACCGAAAGAAAAAGGAGGCGCAGCACGGCCGUGUGGCGGCAUUCGGUCAGCCCCGUUGGCACCAGCGAGCAGCAGCGGCAGCGUCGGCCCGACAAUACGCGCGGCUCAGGCGAGGAGGAAAGCCGGGAUUCUGCCAAUGAAGCGCGCGAUGAGCCCAGACGAGAGAGCCGCCACCACAACCACGCGCCAUCGCUCAGAAGACACGAGAGCUCGAGCGCAGACACGCGACCUAUUGAGGCGCACCUCCGCCGACCAUCCGCCUCUGCCAAUGGCGCGACAAGGGCUGACGACGAGGCCGGAUCUGCGCGCACUUUCCCUGCUCUGGCCACAGCCACUGCAAGCUCGCCGGCGACAGAGACACCGGUGUUGACCAAAUCCUCAGCCUCCUCAACCACUUUUAAAAACGCCGCCAAACCUGCCCACCGCAGUGCACCCUCCAAGCCGCCGCCGCCGCCGUCGGCCGCUGCAAAGGCCGAAGGCGCUGACCAAUCGAAGAGCGAAGAGUCCCCCAAGGAAGACACCGAUGCUGUGGCAACUUCAGCUAAUUUUGGGCUUUCAGGAAAGCUGGCGGCAGAAACCAACACUGUCAAUGGCGUUGUGCUCAAGUACAGCGAGCCUGCGGAGGCAAGGAAGCCCAGCGGCCACUGGCGCAUCUACGUGUUCAAGGACGGCAAGGACAUUGACAUGCACCGUGUUGACACAGCCAGCGCAUAUUUGUUUGGCCGGGAUCGAAAGGUCGCGGACGUUCCGAUAGACCACCCAUCGUGCUCGUCACAGCACGCGGUGCUCCAGUAUCGACUGACAGACUCAAACACCAUAAAGCCAUACCUUAUUGAUUUGGCAUCAACUAACGGGACGUUCUUAAACGGAGAUAAGGUCUCCGCACAGAGGUAUAUUGAGUUGCGAUCCGAAGACUUGAUAACGUUUGGAUUCAGCACGCGCGAAUACAUUUUGCUACACGAGUGAAUUAUAACAAGGGGACGUGACUUGUUUUUCUUUUUUGGCUAUUUUCUCUCUUUAUUCCGCCUUAUCUGACCAAAAAAAGCCUACAAAUGGAAACACACGAAAAAUGCUGCUUGCAAAUGGCGUAAUCUUUUUGUUUACGCUAAACUAAAUAAAUAUAAAUACAGGUAAUUUGACAGACAGAGCUCAUGUGAUGUCCCGAUUUGUAAAUUUAUCCUGAACCACAAAAAAAUAGAGAAAGCGAUCUGCUCAAAUGAAAUGCUUUUGUAUGGGC